CUCUGUGCAGAUCUUCGUCGUCGUCGUCUUCUUCUUCUUCUUCCAGAAACCCUAGAAAUGCUCAUCUGAAUCGCGACAAGUUCUCCUCUUUGAAUGCAGCAACUUUAACAAGAAUGGCGGCGACAUUCAAAGCAGCCUCGCGCUACAGCUCCUACGACUCGCGCUCUUCCACGUCGUCCUCGACGGAACUCAAGCAGAAACCGGGCAAAUCUCCCGCGCUCGCGCCUGCCUCCUCGUCCUCAUCCUCCUCCCGCGCGCUUGUCAGGACCAAGGCCUCCGACCUCCCCUCCGGCGCGAAGAACCGGAACUUCGCGGACAUGGUGAAGAAGUUCAUGGGGAAGAAGUCGUCCUCGGGGGCGGCUUCGAGAGGGAAGCUAGGGAGCGCCAAUCUAGUGAUCCCCGUGGAUGUGAUCGCGGAGGACUUGAAGAAGGGGGCGAAGAGCAGGAAUCAGCUGGGCGUGUUGCCGAAGAAGCUGUUUGGAGGAGGAUUGGAGAAGAAGGUGAAGAAAGAGAGUGUGAAAGCGUUGACGGAGGUCAAGGGCGGAGGGAUCAACGCGCGGACUUUGGCGAUGGUGUUGAGGGGUGAGAGAGAGCUUCUGAGCGCGAACAAGGAGUUGGAAAUGGAGGUCGCUGAGCUCAAGUUAAUGCUCGAGCAGAAGAACAGAGAAGUUGAGAAGUUGAAAGAUCUGUGCUUGAGCCAGAGGGAUGAAAUCAAGGCAUUAAAGAGCGCGGUGCUUUUCCCUGAGGUGACAAAUAAUGAGCUUCAAGAACAAUUGGAGAAGCAAGGGACAGAAUUAAGGCAAGCCAAAAUGAUAAUCCCUGCUCUACAGAAGCAGGUCACUUCUCUCACUGGUCAGCUCCAAUGCCUUGCAGAUGAUCUCGCUGAGGUGAAGGCGGAUACAUAUUCUGCUAAGGCAUGUUUUCAACACCAGAUUGGCAGCUCCCCGAGGACUCCUAUAUACAACCAUGAAGAGGCAGCUAAUUCUUUGCAGUUUAGCUCCAGUGAAGCAACAGCCCCUGGUAGUCCAGAUGACUUGUUCCUCAAGGACUUGAAUCCUUGUUUAACUCCCAAUAAUGGCAAGACAGGAUCGUUGGAAUUUAAAGAGGAACUAGAGUAUAGUUCUUCAAGAUGUGUCGGCUUCUCUGACGGGAAUAUAGGGACAUUCUAUGAAGCUGGUUUCAACCCUUGUCCCAGGAAGUUGUCCAAAAGUUCUGAUUGCUGCCAGAAACCUUGUACCACCAACCGAAUGGCCCGCGCAGGUCGCAGAUAAGAUGAAAGCUAAUGCACAUACAGAAAACCCGUGCACCGGCAGUAUUUUCAAGAUGUAUUUCGAUUUCCAUCCAAAGGUUAUCUGCUCAAUGAUUCCUAAUGUCGCUUUUCAACUCCUUCCCACAAAACGGACAUAAUUGUGCCCGUAUCCUGUACCAUACCGAGUUCUUCCCUCACUAGCAAAGGGUCGUAACCAUGUUGACAGGAUAUCAGCUCGGCAUGUAUUAUAAGUUUGGUCAAUUAAGUGGUCCUAUC